CGCACGUCUAACCGUCCUCUCGCUUUCCGUUAAGCCCAGGAAAUGGACGGAGGCGAUGGAGGUAAACAAAUCACGCUCGCCGCUCACCGUAUCAGACAAUAGAUAAAAAAACAAAGAUUUACCCAAGUGAUUUUGUAUUUUAACCACGGAAGGGAGGUGUUGACUUGUUGAUAAGGCGGUAGUUCACCCGUUUCCAGCCUGUGAGGAGGACUAUCAUGUAAACCGACAGAGAGAGAGAGAGAGUUGUAAGUCGAAAAGCUCCGAAGAAAUCAUCGUAAACAUCCUCUUAACAUCUUAAAAUAUGAAACUCCGAGGUAGCUAGGCAAAUAUGGAGGCGGUCGAUCCAUUUCUGUGUUUCUCAAAUCUAUCUGUCUUUCUGGAGUGACACAUGAUGAGAGUCGCCGGGCUCUGGACAAGGGGCUUCCCAAACGCUGUGAUAUGAACAGUCUGAGGGUCCUCUGGGUCUUUGUGCUCAGCGCCUGCCUCUGCCUGUUGUUAUGGUGCAGACAUGUGAUCAGGUCGAACGGAUCCUCGGCGCUGCGCAGCUCCGGCCUCCGGGGCUACAGCCGGAUCUCUGCCGGCAGGACCAACCAGCUCCUGGACACGCACUGCAGCGAGUGUGCCUUAGUGUCCAGCUCAGGCCAGAUGCUCGGAGCUGGCACCGGAGAGGAGAUCGACAGGACCGGGUGUGUGAUCCGUAUGAACAACGCACCCACACGGGGAUAUGAGGCGGAUGUGGGGAGUCGCACUAGUGUUCGCGUUGUGUCUCACACCAGUGUUCCCCUGUUGCUGAGAAAUGAGCGAUAUUACUUCCAGGACUCGGCGGACACCACGUAUGUGUUUUGGGGUCCUGAAAGGAACAUGAGGCAAGACGGGAAGGGACACAUCUUCAAUGUUCUCCUGAAAAUAGCAUCCAAGUAUCCAAAUGUGAAGAUCUAUGCUGUGACCAGAGAGAAGAUUCAGUAUUGUGAUAGGGUAUUUCAGAAUGAAACUGGAAAAAACAGAAUGAAGACAGGGGCAUUUCUCAGCACUGGUUUCUUCACAAUGAUUCUGGCCAUGGACAUGUGUGACAGUAUUCAUGUGUAUGGGAUGAUUGAUGAUAACUACUGCAGUCGAGCCAAUCACAGUGUUGUUCCAUACCAUUACUAUGAGAAGAACCGAAUUGAUGAAUGCAGAAUGUACAAGGUCCAUGAGCACACGCGACGCGGCGGCCAUCGCUUCAUCACUGAGAAGGCCAUCUACGCCAAAUGGGCAACACGCCACAAGAUGGAGUUUAAACACCCGUCUUGGAGCCGGUAGGAAAGGAGAGACUCAAACCCCAAAGGCUGUUCCUCAAACUCUUUUGGCAAGGACAUUCACUUUUGCUGGCUAUAGAUCCUCUUUUUCUCAGUUGUAGAAGAGCACCAACUCCAGCAUCUACUGGGCACUGUUACUGGUCGGACUUUAAAAUCCACUCACUCAGCACUUUAACUGGACAAACUGCUUUUUCAGGUAGAAGAGAGCUUGGCUGGACACUGGCCACACAGAGUUACCGAUGAAAAUGAAAGCCAAAUUUACCAACAUUUCACAAGUGACUAGUUGUAAUUUACUACCAUUAGUAUUACUCCGUUGUGUAUUACUGUAUCAGUAUAUGUAUGGAUAAAACCCAUUACCCAGGCAGUGCUAAAAUCAGAUUAUACCAAAGCUAUCACAUUAUUUUUUUAACGAAUGUGCCUUCAUUUUAAUUUAGUCUGUUUGUUGCAUAGUUUUGUUUAUACCACAGUCAUAUUGUGUAAGUUGAAUGUAAAAGCUACAAUAUGCAGCUGUUGUCCUUUGAGGUAUGAAGUGUAUCAUUAGAACCACUUUAAUCUAGUAUACAGUUUACCAUUAUUUUAAUGUAACAAAAAAGUUGCAUAUUGAAACUUUAGGCCAAUUAUUUAACAUUGUUACAGCUGGUUACAACCUGCCAAGGCUUGAAGUAGUUAUGUGCUUUAAAAAUGAGGAAAUGUGAUAUGCACUGCUGCAGUGAUAUUUCAGUAAUGAGCGGAGUGUGAUUCCAGCUCAACAGCGAUCAUAAAGUUUGCAGUUGUCACAUGUGGCAUCCUAGUACUCUGUUGGGAGAAAAGUCUCCAGCAUGUUGUGGUCAAACAUGUCUUUAUGUCUUGUUUUAAUUUUUGUAUCAACCAUUUAUUUAAUUGACCCAGGACAACAAACAUAAGAAAACAAGUUUAAACAUUUCUAGUGGCAGUCAUGAUCUCUGGUACAUAGAUUUGCUACUUCACAACUGCUGUUUUGACUAGAAAUUGCACCUGAUUUCCUCUGCCACAUUAAUUUUUUAGACAAACUUAAAGAAGAUGGUAUCGGAUAGCAUUGAUAUAUGCUUAAUAAUCGAUUUGAUCACUAUCUGCCAUGUUUACUAUGUAACAUAUAUGUGCAUUGCUGCCUAUUUACAGUGAAAUGUAUAGCACUGCCUUUUGAGUUGCAUCAUGCUUAUUUUGUGACUAAUUCCAAAGAUGUUAAUAAUGUUUGCACUACUGAAUGAACUACUGACUCGCAAAACAUUUUACCCUUAAUGUGUAUUUCAAAUAGCCCAUGAAUUGUCUACCUGAAAAAGUAUUAUAAAUAAAUUUGAUUUA